AUGGCGAUCACUUCCCGUGGAUCUCCUCGGCUCGGCCAGCGCCUGGCGGAGGGGGGCGCUCAAGAGCCCGGCGCGGUCGCCGGGAGGACCAGUGGGGGAGAAGCCGGAGGAGGAAGUGAUCAGGGGCCCGGUGGGCGCGAGCGGGAGAUGGUGCUGCCGGGGCCGCUGCUCGGGAGUGCACGCCGUGCGAUCCUCGGGUCGGCGCAGUCUGUGCUCUGGGGUUUGAAGUCAAUAAAAGGAAGCUGCCACAAUUUUUGUACUGCUGUUUUCAAAGAUAUCACUUACAAGGAACUUAAAAGUCUCUUGAAUUCCAGACAAAUUACGUUAAUUGAUGUUAGAGAGAGAUGGGAAAUUGUUGAGUAUGGGAAAAUUCCCGGGUCUGUCAAUAUACCAUUGGAUGAGGUAGGUGAAGCUCUACAGAUGAACCCAAAAGACUUCAAAGAGAAGUACAAUGAAGUAAAACCAUCCAAAUCUGACAGCCUAGUGUUUUCUUGUUUAGCCGGAGUGAGAAGCAAGAAGGCUGUGGACACAGCAGUAUCUCUGGGCUUUAACAGUGUUCAACAUUAUGCUGGAGGAUGGAAGGAAUGGGUGACUUAUGAAUUUUCAGAAAAGAAAAAAGGAAAUUGAAUUCUGGAAUACAAGCUGGCUCUUUCCUUUUGUACAUGCAGCACAGGAUAGUAGAAUGAACAAAAUAAUAAUCGAGUCCUGGCAUCACUGGUUAAUGGGAAGGGGAUUUUGUGUAAGUCAAUUCUGUGUUGAAUCUUUUUCUUAACUGUAAACUGUAAAUUGAGAAUGCCUUGCCUAUUUCCUUGAGGAUUGAAAUAAUGUAUGUAACUUGCCAUAGAAAUAGAAGGGUUGGAUUCUAAAAAAAAAAAAAAAAAAAAAGUUUAUUUAUGAGAGAGGGAGAGAAACCAGAGCAUGAGCAGGGGGCGGGGUUGCAGAGAGAGAGGGAGACACAGAAUCAGAAGCAGGCUCCAGGCUCUGAGCUGUCAGCACAGAGCCUGACGUAGGGCUCAAACCCACGAGCUGUGAGAUCAUGACCUGAGCUGAAGUCAGACGCUUAACUGACUGAGCCACCCAGGUGCCCCUGGUAUCCUAGAAAUUAAUUUGUAAAUAGUUUAGUGAACUACUUUAGUUUACUAUAGUACAAUAGUACUCUCAAAGCCCAAGUUACUUGUAGUACUUAAUCAUAAUGUAGGACCAUUUGUGUUAGCAUGGCUUCUAUUCAUUAAAAAGUCUAUGAGCUAGACAGGUUUUUUUUUAUGAUUAUAACAUAUUUUAGUUUGUAAAUUUUCCCAUUUUAGAAAAUUCAUAAAAUUGUCUUAAUAUGAUAUACAAAAUUUCUGAUAGAUAAACCUUUCACUCAUGAUGAAUAGUUACUGAAUAUUGAAUAAUAUAAAGCAGCUAGUAAGCAUUUCUUGAACACCUUUUCUUGGUUGAGACCCUAUGCUAAAUAUUCCAAAUGCUAAAAAGAUAAUAAAAUAGAUGCGAUUCUUCUCUGAAGAUGUUUGAUUUCUAGCAGAGAUCUAUAAAAGUAAAAACAAACAAACAGACUUUGUCUUAAAACACCAAGAAUCUGAGCUCUAGAAAAGUAGGUGAAAUAUGAAUACUGAAAUACAUUAACACCCCCCAAAGACUUACGGCAAUGUUGUAACCAGUAUGGUAGCAAUAUAACUUGCAACUUAAAUUAAUUAAUAUGACCUAUAAAAAUAGAAAUCAUAGCAAUUGCUUCUGUAGAGGGAAGAUUAACUGGAAAAAGCAAGGAGGGAAAUUUCUAGGGUGAUGGAAACGAUUUGUAUCUUGAUUGAAGUGUUGGUACAUAGAGUAAUACAUUUAUCAAAACUCAUUGAACACUUGAAAACAUACAUUUUCUGUAAUUAUAUCUCAAUUAAAAAUAAUGAAAAUAUGAAAAAAAUUUAAAUGUAAAUAACUGUUACUAGCAUGAAUAUAUGCCUUUGGAAUGUCAACUCCUAUGUUUGUUAGUGCACUAGUGGUAAAACAACUUUGUGCUUUCUUCCAUCUGUGCCUCUUCAGACCCAAAUAUGUUCAGUCUCAUUUAUGUAGUCAUUGAGGUCAUGUAAGGCCUAGGAAGCAACUAUAAGGACUUGGUUUGAUAUUAUUAAGCCAUUGGAAAAUCUGGGGUAGGAAUGAUGUGACCACCUCGAACUUCUAUUUCUGAUAAUGUCAGUCUAUUUCUAGCAGGAACUAGAAGAGGUGGAAAAUAAACACACACACAGGCACGUUCCAAUAUUGGUUCAUCCUCUAUAGCUUUCCUUUUCCCUGGAGUAUAGCUCUUCAAAGCCUCACUGCUUUAGUAGUUCCUUCAUGCCUUUAAACAAAUCUUAUUUAUUGAUCUAUAUAAACAAAUAUUACUAGGACAAACAUAUGAAGGUGGGAAGAUUUGAAGAGAGAGAGAAUCUCUCGGGGAGAAGGGAAACUGCGGUUGAACUACUGGGCCCAUCCAGGAAUAAGAACCUGGGUAUAGACCCUGGGUAAAUACACCAGAUGUUUAGUUGGAACCCCUGGGAAACUAUACCUUAGGAGUAAAGGUGAACCAGAAAUUGUCCAACCCUCAUAAAAAUGUAAGACCAGCUUCGAAUCCACUAAACCACUGAAUGAAUUAAGGUGAUCUUAGGAGCCUACCAGAAGUAAAUCCCCUCUUAGAGAAAGACAUCAUUAGCUAGCUAGAGCAAAGGGUUGGCAGUAAUGAAUUUUUUAGGUUUGUGGGCCAUAAGGUCUUUGUUGCAACUAUUCAACUCUGCUACUGUAGCACAAAGCAACCACAGACAACACAUAAAGGAAUGAGUGUGGCUGUAUCCUAACAAAACUAUGGCCACUUGGGCUCAAAUUUUCUAUUUCACGUGUUGCCAAAUAUUCUUCUUUUCAUUAUUUUCAACCAUUUAAAAAUAUGGCAAACAUUCUUAGCUCAACGGCCAGACAAAACUAGAUGGCAGGUGAGAUUUGGCCCAUGAAACAUAGUUUAUAGACCCCUGAGCCAGAGCCAUAAAUAUUCUCUACAUUUCUUUAUAUUCAAUGUUCGGAAUUCUAUAACAUUUAUUAGAAAUGGCAGUAAAUAAUACUCUGGUUUCUCUUCAGAUCACAUAAAUCUUUCGCCUUUUACUAAAGAAAUGGCAGUAAAUAGGACCUCACAAUUGAAAAAUAAAAAAAAUUUAAAACAAAUCUACAUAUAAUUGACAUGUUGGCAUUUUCAGACAGACUUUAUAUUGUUUUCAAUGUUAUUUUUGAGAGAGAGAGAGAGCAGAGGAGAGGCAGACACAGAAUCUGAAGUAGACUCCAGGCUCUGAGCUGUCAGCCCAGGGCCCCACGUGGGGCUCGAACCCAUGAACUGUGAAAUCAUGACCUGAGCCGAAGUCAGAUGCUUAACCGACUGAGCCACCUGGGCACCCCCUGCCCCCAGACUUUAAAAUACCUAUGCUUUGUAUUUUCAAUAACUUAGAUGACAAAAAUUAUUAAUGGAAGUAAUAAGUAGUUGGAAACUACAAAAAAGUAUCAAACAAAUUCUAGAAUUUAAGAAUAACUGAAAUUAAAAACCCAGUAGAUGGGCUUAACAGAUUAGACACAGCUGACGAGGAUUAAUAAAAAUGACAAAAAAAAACAACAUUAAAACAAAGGCAAAGAAAAAGAAGUGUAUUCCUCAUAUCUUGGAUACCUAAACAAAGAUAAAGGACUCAGGGAAGAAUGUCUCCCUAUGAGUGACUUAGGGAGUAAAUGAAUUAUAAAUGAUUCUGGUGACAAAUUAAUAAAAUGUACAAAGUAAAUUGAGCAAAUUACAACGAAGGCAUUACUAACCUUUCAGAAAGCCAAAAAUAUUCUAAAAGAAAUGUAACCAUAGUACACUACAGAACACAUUAUACAUAUAUACUUGAUAUACACUGAGUAUGAAUUUAACAAAAAUUACACAAUUGGGAAGACAAUGGGAGUAGAAGUCUUAAUGUAGAACCAGGUUGGUGAGGAAGUGGAAGCAAGAGAAUAGAGGGAGGUGUGUGAGAAAGUGAAAUCUUCAUUUUCCAUAGGAAAGUUAGGAAGUUAAUAGAUAAUUUUACUAUUGGGAAAAAAAUCAAAAUAAAAAGCUGGAGGGUAAACAUAGGAAGCAGUAAGGUAAUUAAGAACAUGGGGGGGGGGGGGCGUUGGGCAGCUACCCAGGUUUUAAGAAUUAGAACCUGGGGCACCUGGGUGGCUCAGUAGGUUAAGCACCAGACUUUGGCUUAAGUCAUGAUCUCAUGGUUCACAGGUUCGAGCCCCACAUUGGGCUCUCUGCUGUCAGCACAAAGCCCACUUUGGAUCCUCUGCUCCCCACCCCUCUGCCCCUUCCCCAAUUGUGUAUGCUCUCUCUCUCUCAAAAAAAAAAAAGAGAGAGAGAGAGAGAACCUAAUCUGGGGUGCUUGGGUAGCUCAGUUGGUUAAGCAUCCAACUCUUGCUUUCAGCUCGUGAAUUUGAGCCCUGCAUCAGGCUCUGCACUAACAGUGUGGGGGCUACUUGGGAUUCUCUCUCUCUCUCUCUCUCUC